AUGGAUGAUUCCAUGAUGGAUGACUCAGUCUUUGAGGAUGAAGCCAGUGGCUCUGAUUUUGCCCCUGAGCCUGCACCGGCGAAGGCCGCCCCUAAAAAGGCACCUGCAAAGCCUGCUGCCAAGAAGGCUACUCAGACCAAACUCAGUAUGAAGCCCGCGGCAAAGAAAAAGGCCCAGGCUGGCAGCGAGGACGAAAUGUCUGACAUCCAAAUGUCCGAUGAUGACUCCAUGUCAAAAACCCCCCCGAAAGCCAAGAAAGCAGCUGCCCCCAAGCGAGCUGGCUCGAAACCACUGGGGGAUGUCGAAAAUGAGUCCCACGGGGGAGAUGCCCCAGCAAACGACGCGGGCAAGAAUGGCAAUGCCUCAGACAAAUACCAAAAGCUCACCCAGCUCGAACACAUCAUUAAACGUCCCGAUACGUACAUUGGAUCGAUCGAGCGCACCACGCAACAGAUGUGGGUAUACAAUUCGGAGAACGAGGCGAUGGAGUUCCGGGAUGUUUCCUUCGUCCCCGGAUUGUACAAGAUCUUCGAUGAAAUCGUGGUGAACGCCGCCGACAACAAACAAAAUGACCCAAACAUGAGUGAGAUGCGCAUCACAAUCGAUCGCGAAGCUGGCGAGAUCAGUGUAUGGAAUAACGGACGCGGUAUUCCCGUUCAAAUCCACAAGAAGGAGAACAUCUACAUCCCGGAGCUCAUUUUCGGCCACCUGCUCACUUCAUCCAACUACGAUGAUACUCAACAGAAGGUGACCGGUGGUCGUAACGGUUUCGGUGCCAAGCUUUGCAAUGUCUUCUCAACAGAGUUCAGUCUGGAGACUCAAGAUUCCGAACAGCAGAAGAAGUAUAAGCAAACUUGGACUGAGAACAUGACAAAAAUGGGCAAGGCCAAGAUUACGCAGAGCUCAGGUACCGAUUACACCAAGGUCACGUUCAAACCCGACUUUGCCAAAUUUGGCAUGGAGGGCAUUGACGAUGAUUUUGAGGCUCUUGUUAAGCGCCGAGUCUAUGACUUGGCAGGCACGGCCAAUGUUGCUGUGAAAUUGAACGGCACACGGGUUCCCAUUCGCAGCUUCCGGAAGUACAUGGAAAUGUACACGAAGGCAAUCCGCAAAGAGCGUGGCGACGAUGGCCCCCCCGCCAAGGACGAAAUCAUUACAUGUAGCCCGGAUCCCCGAUGGGAGGUUGGUUUCGCUGUCUCGGAUGGAUCUUUCCAACAGGUCUCAUUCGCGAACUCCAUUGCGACUACCUCCGGUGGAACCCACGUCAAUUACAUCGCCGACCAAAUUUGCAAUCGCUUGGCUGACCAGGUGAAAAAGAAGAAUAAAUCUGGAGCAACGUUGAAGGCGGCUCAGAUCAAGAACCACAUCUUCAUCUUUGUGAACGCCCAGAUUGUGAACCCGGCUUUCACAUCUCAGACUAAGGAACAAUUGACAACCAAGGCUAGCCAAUUUGGUAGCAAGUGUGCCCUUGAUGAAGACUUCUACAAGAAGGUCCUCAAGACUGAGGUCAUGUCCAAUAUCUUGCACUUUGCAGAGCAGAAGGCCGACCAGAUCCUGAAAAAGGGCGAUACUGGCCGCCGUUCACGUAUGAACAACCCCAAGCUGGUGGAUGCCAACAAAGCUGGUACCAGGGAUGGCCACCGCUGUACACUCAUCUUGACCGAGGGUGAGUCAGCCAAGGGACUGGCUAUGGCUGGUAGAUCAGUCGUUGGUCCGGAUCUGUUUGGUGUUUUCCCUCUUCGCGGAAAGCUCCUUAACGUCCGCGAUGCCUCAUUCGACCAGAUCGCAAAAAAUGCUGAAAUUCAAAACAUCAAGAACUUCAUUGGACUGCAGCACAAAAAGGAGUACACAGAAACCAAGGGACUGCGGUAUGGCCAUCUCAUGAUCAUGACUGAUCAGGAUCACGAUGGUAGUCACAUCAAGGGUCUUCUCAUCAACUUCCUCCAAGCCCAAUUCCCCAGCUUGCUGAAGAUUCCAGAAUUCCUGAUUGAGUUCAUCACCCCCAUCAUGAAGGUCUGGAAAGGUGAUCCUAAGAAACCGACCAAGUCAAAGUCGUUCUUCACCAUGCCCGAGCACGAUGAGUGGCUUGAACUCCAUAAACACGAACGUGGAUGGGAUCACAAAUAUUACAAGGGAUUGGGAACAAGCACAACAGCUGAUGCGGAGGUGUAUUUCCGUGACCUCGAUCGUCAUCUGAAAGAAUUCCACACCAUGCAAGAUGGAGAAUCACAGCUCAUUGAACUGGCCUUUUCCAAGAAGAAGGCAGACGAACGAAAAGAAUGGCUGCGUCAAUACAAACCUGGAACAUACUUGGACCACUCCGUGUCAAAGAUUUCUUACACUGACUUCAUCAACAAGGAGCUGAUUCUGUUCAGUAUGGCAGACAACCAGCGUUCCAUCCCCUCUGUUGUUGAUGGCUUGAAGCCUGGUCAGCGAAAAGUGCUGUACACCUGUUUCCGUCGUAACCUCAGGAAGGAUAUGAAGGUCGUUGAGUUGGCUGGGCACGUGUCUGGACUCACAGCCUACCACCACGGUGAUGUGUCUCUUCAACAGACCAUCGUCGGCCUUGCCCAGACUUUUGUUGGUUCCAACAAUGUGAAUGUCCUAGAACCCAGUGGAAACUUUGGUAGUCGACUUCAGGGAGGUAACGACUGUGCCAGCGCUCGUUACAUUUACACUCGUCUGUCCCCAUUCGCGCGCAAGAUUUUCAGCACUGCUGAUGAACCAUUGCUUUCGUAUGGUAUCGACGAUGGAAAGCAGAUUGAGCCCGAAGUCUACAUGCCAGUCGUUCCAAUGAUUUUGGUGAACGGUGCAGAUGGUAUUGGAACUGGUUGGAGCUCUUCCAUUCCCAAUUACAAUCCUCACGACAUCGUGGCCAAUCUGAAGCGCCUCAUGAAUGGUGAGCAGACUGAGCCUAUGCAGCCUUGGUUCCGUGGGUUCACCGGCGAGGUUGUCUCAUUGGGCGGUGAUCGAUUCAAAUUCAGCGGUAUCAUCAGAGAGUCUGGUGACAAGGAGGUCGAGAUCACAGAAUUGCCAAUCCGUACCUGGACACAGGACUUCAAGGACAAAUUGGAGGAGAUCAUCAAGGCCGAGAAGGUACCUUCCUUUAUCAAGGACUACAAGGACUACAACAACCACACCAAAGUCCACUUCGUCAUUCAACUGGACGAGAAGCACAUGAAGACUGCUCUGACUGAAGGAUUGGAAGAGAAGUUCAAGUUGAGCAAGUCUAUUGCCACAAGCAAUCUGGUUGCGUUUGAUCCUGAGGGCCGUAUCACUAAAUAUGCGACUGUCGACGAUAUUCUCAAGGAGUUCUUCGCCAUUCGCCUCAAGUAUUAUGAAAAGCGCAAGCAGUUCCAGCUGUCCGACCUACAUAGGGAGCUUGAAAAGCUGAGCAACCAGGCUCGCUUCGUGCAGAUGAUCAUUGAUGGAAAAUUGGUCAUCUCUAAGAAGAAGAAGCCCCAUCUGGUUGUCGAGCUCAAGGACAAAGGUUUCAAGCCUAUUGUCAAGGUGGCCCAAGCUGCGAAGAUGGGCGAAGAGGAACCUGUUGUCGAAGAAGGCGAAGAGGAGUCUGAGGAUGCUGACACGGAGAACCUAUCGAGUGCCUUUGACUACCUCCUAGGCAUGCCUAUGUGGUCGCUGACUCAGGAGCGCGUGGAGAAGCUCCGCCGCCAGAUUGGCGACAAGGAGACGGAGAUCGACGUCUUGAUCAAGCUGUCCAAGGAGGAUAUCUGGAAUCACGAUCUUGAUGAGUUCAUCCAGGAGUGGGAUACCCAGCUUGCGGAAGAAGAGCGUCUCGCCCGCAAGGCCGCUGGGUUAGACAAGAAUCGUCGUGUCUCGUCUAAGCUACCGACCGGUGGCAGUCGCGCUGCGGCUUCACGCAAACGUAAGGUUGCCAACGGUGACGACCCAGACGACGAAGACUUCGGUGGCCCUAAGGCGAAGAAAGCCGCUGCAGCUAAGAAGAAAGAGCCUCAGACCAACAGCUUGAUGACUUUCCUCAACAAAUCAUCUGCCAACCCCACCCCAUCCCCUGCUCCAGGCGGUAAUGGUGACUCAGAUGACGAUUUCGACAUGGACAUGGAAGUCCUUCCGAAGAAGAGCCGCGCCGCGGCGAAGCCGAAAAUCCAACCCAAAGAGGAGGGUGAUUCUGUCAGCAUUGACCAUGUUCCUCAAGCAUCGAAAUCGCCAGCUCUAAGCGCCGAUCCAUUCAACAUGGAUUCCGAUAUGGAUGUCGACGAGCCUCCGAAGCCCAAGCCGACCGCCAAGUCUGCUGCCAAACCAACCGCGAAGCCUGCUGCGAAGCCAGCCGCUAAAAUGGGACCCAAGCCAAAGGUCAAGGUCGACGAAGACUCCGAUGACGACUUCUUGGAGAUCGCCAACGAGGAGCCUAAGCCUACGGCAUCUCGCGCCCGACAGCCAGUCAAAUACUCUGUGCCAAGCGACUCAGAGAGCGACAAUGGUGAUGAUCUGCUUGGAGAUGUCAGCCAAAUGGUCAAGGGAAUUGGUGGCGACUCGGCGUCUGAGUCUCGCCAGCUCUUCUCAGAGCGGCCUCGCUCCGAAAGUGCAGCUAGCUUGAAGGCUGCCAUCAGGUCACCGUCCAAGGCCAAUGAUGAAUUUGACCCGGACGAGACUGAUUACAGCAAGCUCAUUCCUCAAAAUUCCCCACGCCGCUCUAUUCAAGUCAAGCCUAAGGAAACGAGAGUUGACAAUGAGGCAGACGAGGAAGAUGACGAGGAGGAUGAGCCGGUCAAACCAACUGCUAGAGGCAAAGCUGCUGCUAAGCCCAAGCCGGCUCCCAAGCCGAAGGCUGCACCUAAAGCUGCCUCCAAGGCUAAGGCUGCCCCCAAGGCCACUCCUGAUAUUUUCGACAUUGAUGAUGAAGAUGAUGAGGAUGAAGAGGUGGUGAAACCAGCUUCCAGAGCCAAGGCUGCCCCCAAGGCUGCUGCUGCUGCCCCGAAGGCCCGUGGUCGUGCUAAGAAGGAGCCGGCGGCUAAACCAGCGGCUAAGCCAGCCCCCAAGCAAACCAAGGCAAAGAAAAUAGCCGAUGAUUACUCGGAGGAUGACAUUGACGCCAUGGCCAACGAUAUUCUGGACUCGCCAGCGGGCAAAGCAAAUGUCUCGGAUGACGAGCCCGUUGUCGCACCUCGUCGCGCCGCUGCAGCUCGUCCAGCUCGCCGCGGUGCCGCAGCACAGAAGUCCUACGUCAUUGAGGAUGACAGUGAAGAAGAACCCUCCGGUGAUGAUUUCGAUGACGAGGAGGAGAGCGAUUAG